AGAUCUUCCUUCUGCCCUCCCCUCCCUUCCUCCCCCCUCGGUCUGCCCCCGCCCCCUCCCCCAGCCCACCUUGGGCGCCCAGCGCGUCCCGACCCGCUGUGCGAUGCCGGCAGUUUAGGAUCCAAAGCUUCUCUACUCAUUUUGUUCUUUUCUUUUAUAAAAAGAGGAGGGGAAAUCCCGGUGGCGGGCAGCCGGGCACACAUACACCAGCCCUCAUACUCCGACAAAAGCAGAUGCACUUUGACUUCUGACAGCUCUACCUCAAGCCCGAGAGAACUCAGCGACGCUUUCCCUGCAAACAGAGCUCGUCGCGUCGUCCUCUUCCUUCACCAUCUCCGUUUUAUUUAUUUAUUUCUCUUACCGUCACGGUUCUCGGUGACCUUCACUCCUCCGCGGGAUCUGGGCAGAAGAGUCGCUUUCGCGCCCGCCUGGGACUCUUUUCCUCGCCCCAGGAGCUGCAGCGUCGCUGCUGUGCCCCGGGGCCUUGGGACUCACCGGCUCCACGUCACUGAGGCGCCCUGUCCUCCCUCCCCCAUUUGUCUCGUUUCCCCCUCUUUUGAUUUCCUGGUGCGGGUUUUGGCUUUCACCGCCGAGUGUUUCUCCUCUUUUUGGAGGGACUGGGGAGCUCGUUUCGGUCGUCUUCGGGAGUCAUUCCCUCGGCUCUACCUGCUCUUCUGUCUCCGGGCCUCACCCAACCAAACCAAAGACCAUGGUGCACUGUGCCGGCUGCAAAAGGCCCAUCCUGGACCGCUUCCUCUUGAACGUGCUGGACAGGGCCUGGCACGUCAAGUGCGUCCAGUGCUGUGAAUGUAAAUGCAACCUGACCGAGAAGUGCUUCUCCCGGGAAGGCAAGCUCUACUGCAAAAACGACUUCUUCCGGUGUUUCGGUACCAAAUGCGCGGGCUGCGCGCAAGGAAUUUCCCCUAGCGACCUAGUGCGGAGAGCGCGGAGCAAAGUGUUCCACCUAAACUGCUUCACCUGCAUGAUGUGUAACAAGCAGCUCUCCACCGGCGAGGAGCUCUACAUCAUCGACGAGAACAAGUUCGUCUGCAAAGAGGAUUACCUAAGCAACAGCAGUGUCGCCAAAGAGAACAGCCUCCACUCGGCCACAACGGGCAGUGACCCCAGUUUGUCCCCGGACUCCCAAGACCCGUCUCAGGACGACGCCAAGGACUCGGAGAGCGCCAACGUAUCAGACAAGGAAGGGGGAAGCAACGAGAAUGACGACCAGAACCUAGGCGCCAAACGACGGGGGCCACGCACCACCAUUAAAGCCAAGCAGCUGGAGACGCUGAAGGCUGCCUUCGCCGCGACGCCUAAGCCCACGCGCCACAUCCGAGAGCAGCUGGCUCAGGAGACUGGCCUCAACAUGCGCGUCAUUCAGGUCUGGUUCCAGAACCGACGCUCCAAGGAACGAAGGAUGAAGCAGCUGAGCGCGCUCGGCGCCCGGCGCCACGCCUUCUUCCGCAGUCCGCGCCGAAUGCGGCCGCUCGUGGACCGCCUGGAGCCCGGCGAGCUCAUCCCCAACGGGCCCUUCUCUUUCUACGGAGAUUACCAGAGCGAGUACUACGGGCCCGGGGGCAACUACGACUUCUUCCCGCAAGGCCCCCCGUCCUCGCAGGCUCAGACGCCAGUGGAUCUACCUUUCGUGCCGUCGUCCGGGCCGUCCGGGACGCCCCUGGGUGGCUUGGAGCACCCGCUGCCCGGCCACCACCCGUCGAGCGAGGCGCAGCGGUUCACCGACAUCCUGGCGCAUCCCCCUGGGGACUCGCCCAGUCCUGAGCCCAGCCUGCCCGGGCCUCUUCACUCAAUGUCGGCUGAGGUAUUCGGGCCCAGCCCCCCCUUCUCGUCGCUGUCGGUCAACGGCGGGGCGAGCUAUGGGAACCACCUGUCUCACCCUCCUGAAAUGAACGAGGCGGCCGUGUGGUAGCGGGGUCUCACACAGUCCGUGGAGUUCGUGGUUGUACAGAAAUGAACUUUUAUUUAAGAAAAAAAAAAACAAAAACAGAAAAAAAAACCAUAAAAAUUAAGCCACCCCCCACCCCCACCUUCGUCCAGCCGCGGGGGCCAUUUUCCGUAUGGGAAAACUAGACGGGAAAGGGGGACACGAAAUAGGAUUUAAAUCUGCCUGGAGGUAGGACUGGGAUCCGAGAGCUGGCUGGCAAGGUGCAGGACUGGGGCUCCCGAAGGGAAAUGCAGACCUCUCCCCACCUCCCACCUGGACCUGGCUCCGUGGACAGACACCGCGGGCGUGCGCGUCUGGCCAGCGGGCGGCACAGAAACCACCACAGCGGCCACCGGACGCAAAGCACAGCGGUGAUGCCGGGAGCCGCAGGGAGGGAGGCUGCGCCCUUAACCGGGUGCGGGAGGUGAAUCAUCCCUGGGCGCUCCCGGGCCGUCCAAGAGGGUUCUGGCCAUGGGAAAUCUAAUAGUGUUGGUCUCAGAGUUCAGCAACAGCGACAACAAACUCUUAUAGCUUCAGAAACGCCGACCUGCUGUGCAUCAGGUGGGACUCUAUAUAUAUAUAUUUUUUGUCUCUCUGGGUUUUUUGUUUUUGUUUUGUUUUUGCCAAAAUUGCAAAAUUCUAAAUGUAAAGCCCUCAGUAUCAACUCUUCUACCUUCACAAAGCUCCACACACACACACAUAUACACACAGACACACUGGAUAUGAUGGUCUCCAGCCAGACCUCUCAGUAAAAUGACUUGAACAUCAGCUGUACAAGAAAAGUAUUUUACUUUCCGACACACACAACACACAAAGUUUAAAAAAAGACUAUUGAACUAAAAAACAGUCAACUGUUUACGUAUAAUGUUAAAUUCAGGAGUUCAGUGUUUUACUAAUAUAUCCUGUUUUGAAACCUCUUGUUUAAAAACAAAAUGUUUUGAGCACUCAACCAAAAUUGUUCAUUUUCUUUUCCUGUAGAUGUUCUGACAGAUUUGCAGGGCUCACAGCUCACUGUGCUAGUAUGUAAAAAGGUGUUGUUUACACAAGGCAGAGAAAACACGAUAUUCAGACACUUGCCAAAUAGAAUAAUUAUAGCACAAAUACUGUAAAGGUGCCUGGCACCACAACCUGAGAAAGUGUUAAAAAAAAAAAAAAAAAGUGUUACAAGGUUUAAGAAAAAAACAUCUUUGCUAAUUUUUAGUCCUGUUGAACAUUCAUGGAAUUGUUAAUAUGACUUAUAUAGACCCACACAGGUUUUAUUUUUGUGUCUUUAAAAUAAAAGUCCAAAAUAUUUAAAUUUUAUGGUCAAAUAUGCAGUCAACAGCUGCUACUUUUUUCUUUAUAUAUUAAAUUUCUCAUAUGUCUUUUAUUGUUCUGAUAAACCUAAGCUUGUGUGACCUCCAGUGCAUAUUAGACCAUUCACUGUAUGAAAGAAAACAUGUUGAAUAAAUUUGUGAGUUUUUAAUAAAAAUAGAAAAUCGGAUGUUUA